AUGACGGUUAAUCCUGAUUAUCUGGUGCUGUUAUUCGCCGCAACAUCUGGUGCGAGCGGGGACCAGUUGGGAUCAGACGAAAAGGAAAUUGUUCAAUUGGUUUGGCAGGUUUUCCAUGUAGGCACUAAAAAGGCCGGACCAGUGAACGAAAUACUGGUCAAACCAGAGAAUGCGGAGCUGUCGGAGGAGUGUAAGGAGGACAGCGGGCUGAGCGAGGAGGCCGUUUCUGCCGCCUCUCCGCUGGAAGAGGCGCUUAACCAGUUUAACCAAAGACUGAGCUCAGAAGUGAACUCAGAGGCAGGAAGCUCCUCCUUCUGCCUCUGUACAGACGGGCAGCUUCACCUGCGUCAGGUCCUGCAUCCCGAAGCCUCCAGCAAGAACAUUCUCUUGCCUGAGUGUUUCUUUUCAUUUUUUGACCUGCGGAAAGAAUUCAAGAAGAGCGUUUCUUCUGAUGCUGAACUGAAGUGCCUGGACCUCCAGUUCAUGGCAGACUACCUGAACGUGAGCGUGGACUCCUCUGUUCACGCCUACACCGCGUUACGAGUGCUUCUCAUGUCCAGUGUGGUCCAGGCGCUCGUCUCCGAGCCCGUGGGUCACACCUUCUCCUGCCCGGAGAUGGUGAACGAGAAGUUUGAACCUGGUACCUGCAGUAAGAUGGAGCGAAUAGAUGACAGCACUGUGAUCAGGGCACGGGGUCUGCCCUGGCAGUCCUCUGAUCAGGAUGUCGCACGCUUCUUCAGGGGCCUCAACAUUGCCAAAGGAGGCGCUGCUCUGUGUCUGAAUGCCCAGGGCAGGAGGAACGGUGAGGCUCUGGUUCGCUUUGAGAGCGCAGAGCACCGAGACCUGGCUCUGCAGAGACACAAACACCACAUGGGCUCGCGGUACAUAGAGGUAUACAAGGCGACAGGUGAAGACUUCUUAAAGAUAGCAGGAGGCACCUCCAACGAAGUGGCCAGCUUCCUGUCGCGGGAGAGUCAGAUGAUUGUGCGCAUGCGUGGCCUGCCGUUCACGGCCACGGCCGAGCACGUGCUGCAGUUCUUCCCAUCCUCGUGCCCCGUGGCGGGCGGCACAGACGGCGUCCUAUUUGUGCGCUUCCCCGACGGCCGGCCCACCGGCGACGCUUUCGUCCUGUUCGCCUGCGAGGAGCACGCAGAGAACGCCCUCAAGAAGCACAAGGAUAUCCUGGGCAAGAGAUACAUCGAGCUGUUCAAGAGCACAGCGGCCGAGGUGCAGCAGGUCCUGAACAGGUACUCUUCGGCCCCUCUAAUUUCCGUUGCUCCCUCACCCCUCCUACCCAUCGCCCCUCCGCCUUCACUGGUGCCAGCGGCUGCAGCGGUGCCUGGGCCUACCUGCAUGCCCGGGACGCGGGACUGUCUGCGUCUGCGGGGGUUGCCCUAUGACGCCUCCAUCCAGGACAUCCUGCUCUUUCUGGGCGAGUACACUGCCGACAUCAGGCCACACGGGGUGCACAUGGUGCUCAACCAGCAGGGCCGUCCAUCGGGGGACGCGUUCAUCCAAAUGCGCUCUGCGGAGCGUGCCCACAUGGCCGCCCAGCGGUGUCAUAAGCGGAGCAUGAAGGAGCGCUACGUGGAGGUAUUCCCCUGCUCCGUGCAGGAGAUGGCCGUCGUGCUGAUGGGGGGUUCGCUCUCCCGGAGCGGCCUCUCCCCACCGCCAUGUAAGUUACGACGUCUCUCGCCUGCCUCUUACUCCUUCCCUCCAGGAGGGGCGGUACUUCCUGCAGCGGCGGCUAUCUACCCCUCCCAGUUCCUGUUGAGCCCCCGCCCCCUAGCACCGACCGCAUUCUACCCCGCCAGCAGCCAGCUGUAUAUGAACUACACUGCCUACUAUCCAAGUCCCCCAGGGUCCCCGCCGAACCUGGGCUAUUUCCCAGCAAGCCACACCCCCUCAGCAGGCUCGGUUCUGUCCAACCCACCCACAGCACUGAUCAGGAUGCAAGGCCACACCUCCACUCACACUUACCCCAGCGGUGUUAAAGAAGUCCUCAGCAUGGUACAGGGUUAUCAGCCUGGCAACAGUGAUGCCUUGGUUACGCUCCCCUCCUUACUGUCGGCCAAGCAGCCUAUUGGAGACCAGAGUCUAGGAGGAGGAGCCUAUCUGGACUUGCAGUUGCUCUAAGACAUGCCAGUCACGAAGCCAAGACGCGCUGAUGGAAAAUUGUAGUUUGGCCCCCAGAAACACAGCAAGUUAUGUCAUUGUAGCUAUUUAUGUGAAACCUAUGAAAAGAAUAUAUGUAUUUGAAAUUUGAGUUUUUAUAUAUAUUGCACAUUGUUUUUAUGCAUUAGUAUAUGCAUUAGAUAAUAUUCUCCUUAUAGUCAGUACUGCCAAGCGCUGGUUGCUGUGAGAGAGAUCUGUGUAUGUCUGUUUUGUUUUGGCUGUGUGCGUGCAUGUGUGUAUGUGUGAGGAAGAAUAACUCAUUCUCUCAGGAAAAAAAAAACUUCCACAAACAACAAUUGGCAGACUGCCUUGUUUUUUUGCCUUCUGUAUCAAAACAGACUGUUUUUUAUAAUCAAUCUUUUUAUUACCAGUCUAAGCCAAAGGAUUAGAUAAAGUGUGUGUGUGUGUGUGUGUAUGUGUG